AUGAGCCUACCGCGUCCAACAGGGUUGAAGGCCCCGACCAAGAUUACGCGGCCAGGGUCUGGGACACAGCGCCACUCCGGGAUUCCCGCUCCUGGGUCAGGUUCCGGAAGUAGGCCCCAAAGUGCUCUAGCUAAGAGAACAGCUGGACUGUCAGCCAGUCAGGCGGAGAGAUACUCGACAAACCAUCCUCCUCAUCUCCGAGGUCCAGAAAACACACCUCCAUCAGGUAAUGGCACAGAUGAUCUCAAGAUCGGUGAUCGUGUCUGGGUCGGAGGAACGAAGCCAGGUGUGAUUGCAUUCAUUGGUGAAGCACAGUUUGCUCCUGGAGAAUGGGCUGGGGUUGCCCUCGAUGAACCAAUAGGUAAAAAUGAUGGCAGUGUAGCCGGGGUAAGAUACUUUCAGUGUGAGCCAAUGAAAGGCGUGUUUUCUCGUCUAUCCAAACUGUCCCGGACACAAGGUCCGAUUUCCGCCCCAACACCUAAACCUGCCGAAGCUGGGAGCGACAUAUCCACCAGCCAGGGCAGUGCUCAAAAUGGGACAUCAAAUCACACACCUGCACGAUCACAAACUCCACGGAUUGGACUCUCUGGAUCCAAGUCCAAAUCGGGCUCAAAUGUGAGCUUAAACAAAGACUCACCACCUACCUCCACCACCAAUCUGCAUCGAGGAGGCCUUGCCAUGACCAAGCAUGGGGUUAAGGUUGGAGAUCGUGUUGUCGGGAAGAAUGAUGGUGCUGUUGCUGGUAAAAGGUACUUUGACUGUCGCCUCAACUUCGGGUUGUUUGCCCCCAUACACAAGGUUUCCCGCUAUGCAGGAGGGGCAACUCCUAGCCCUCAGUCACGCAGUCUUGCAAACACCAGCUUGCGUAGUGCACGUGAGCGAUCAGGAAGCCAGGAGUCAAUUAGUUCGGUCAGCUCAACCGCGUCUAGUGUAUCCCGGAGCCGGGGCCCCCUUCAGUUGUACCUGUAG